AUGGGGUCUGUUUCCAACCAGCAGUUUGCAGGUGCGAAGCCGGGCGAGGAGCCGGCCGGAGACUCGCCCAAGGCCGAGAACGAGCCCCAGCCCCUGCACGGCUCCGGCAUCUGUAAAUGGUUCAACGUCCGCAUGGGCUUCGGCUUCCUCUCCAUGACCGCCAAGGGCGGCGCGACCCUGGACUCGCCCGUCGAUGUCUUCGUGCACCAGAGCAAGCUGCACAUGGAGGGAUUCCGCAGCCUGAAGGAGGGCGAGGCUGUCGAGUUCACCUUCAAGAAAUCAUCCAAAGGCCUCGAGUCCAUCCGGGUGACCGGGCCCGGGGGCGUCUUCUGCAUCGGCAGCGAGAGGAGGCCCAAGGGGAAGAGCCUCCAGAAGCGCAGAUCCAAAGGAGACCGGUGCUACAACUGCGGCGGGCUGGACCACCACGCCAAGGAGUGCAAGCUGCCCCCGCAGCCCAAGAAGUGCCACUUCUGCCAGAGCAUCAGCCACAUGGUGGCCAACUGCCCCGCCAAAGCACAGCAGUCGCCCAGCUCGCAGGGCAAGCCCGCCUACUUGCGAGAGGAGGAGGACACGCACGGCCCGGCGCUGCUCCCCGAGAGCCGCGAGUGA